GUUCGUUAGCGAGGCGUUUCCGCAGCAUUAGGAAUGGACCCAGUCCAACUUAGAGAACUGCCUUUUGACCAUAAUCCAGAUGUCAUAAAUAAAGAAUCAUAUGUCUCAAGACCCAGAAGGCUCUUAGAUAUUACCACCGAUGUUACGCAAUUUAGAACACUUCUUUAUAUUCACUCGCUCACGUCUAUGAUCCGAAUAAUUGAAGACUGUUCUUGGAUGGCCGCUUUUUGGCUUUUGUGUCCACUAGAUCCCGAUAGCGAUUUCUCAGUGUGACAGCACCCAUGGUGCAACGAGACGUCGAGCGUUUAUCCCGGUGAGUCUAGUUAGUAGAUAUAGGACAUUGUCAGAGGCGACGUCACUAAUUAGGUUGAUAGAAUCACGCAGCAAGGAUGCCCGAUAGACAACAGAGAACAGCACCUCGAAGACAUAUUGCGCGCACACUCCCCUAUCGCCACUAUUCACCAUCCUUGGCGGUCGUUAUACCAGCCAAGCGGAACACUCCAGGAUCGCACAGAACCAGCCAUGUUGGCAACAGUCCAGACAAUCCAAUUGUGAUACCGGAUGGCCCGGAUUCAAAACGCGCAACGAUAGCACCACCCCGCUCGACUCUUCUGCACGUCAAAGAUAUCCUGUGCGAAAGCAGUGGACUAACCUGCCCCAUUUGCUGGGAGAACACUGUUGAUGGCCUUGUUGCAGUUGGAUGUGGCCAUGUGUGUCAUCAACAGUGCUUCAGUCAAUAUAUCCGUCAGUAUUUCGAGUCGCGACUGCUAGCUUCAGGAAAGAUACAGAUUCCGUGUCCAAUGUGCCGAGCCGAUUGUUUUGGGCGGCUGGAGCGAUCUCAACCCCACCAACCGUUGCAUUUUGUUGUCCGCCCUUGGGAUGCCGAUACCUCAGUGACACGGGCUGUCCGUUCCCUCACCGUUUAUAUGGAGGGCAUACGCCUGUAUGCCCAUCGCUGACUACUCUGCCUAGGCCAAUGAUAUGACUUUCAUAGAUUUUGGUUGGAACAUUGAUGCGUACACCAGUUCCCCAGCCCCAUCGUUCUAUAGCUUGUCGCUAUGCCAAUCCUGUCACGCAUGUCCAGUCUCACACUUCUCUGCAAUUCUAAACUGUUC